AUGGCAAAUAUUAAACCCCCCAAGCCGUUGUUGGUUAAUAAUGACAUUGAAAUGGCAGUUGAGUGGUCAGAUUGGCUCGAUGAAUAUGAAAAUUAUUUUAUAGCCGCAAAAAUAAAAAACGAAAGAGCAGAAGUACAAGUGGCUAAUUUCCAAACCGCUUUAGGUAGAGACGCCAACAAGAUUCUACGAAGUUUAGGACUAUCAACAGAGCAAUUAAAGGCCCUAAAAAAAAUUCAAGAAGCAUUAACACAACAUUUUGCACCGCCCAAAAACAAAACUUAUGAAAGGUACCAAUUCCAUCGACUAAAGCAACAACCAAACGAAACAUUCCAAGAUUUUCUUCAUAAACUAAUCGAACAGGUUAAACACUGCGCGUAUGGCAAUAACACGGAAGAGUUUGUCAUGGAUCAGAUUGUUUUAGGUAUCAACUCGGAAAAGACUAGGCAAAAAUUGUGGGUGGAAGAGAACUUGACCCUUGAAAAUGAGAAAAUAAUCUGCAGAGCAGCUAAAAGAGCUGGUCGUCAAAUAGCAGAGUUAAACCAUGAAUUGGACAACACAAACGUAAAUGCAAUUAAAAUGAGUGAGUCAAAAUUUAAGUGCCGUCGCUGUGGCACUAUGCACGGCUCUAGAAGUUGCCCAGCAUUUAACAAAGAAUGCAAUGGAUAUGGCAGAUUGGGACAUGGUAAUGUGCAAAUCAAGAAGCACUAA